UUUGACUCAACACGUGGUUUAAAAACUUGCGGGCGGAAAUUUGUCAAAGAUCUUUCAGGCUGCACGCACUUUGUAGAAGUUUCUAACUUUACUUAGUGUUGUAGCUAAUAUUGGUCCUUUUUGAUAGUUGUGUCUUCUACAAACGUGCGCUUGACGGGUAGAUAAAACAGCAGCCAGAAUGAGUGUAUUGGAGGUGAGGUUUGUGGGAGAUGGAGACGCACUGGAACACAUAGUGGACAAACAAGAAGGCGUGCGGGGCAGCCACAGCAGUGUGCAGAGUUUGGUGACUCUGAGGAGUGAAGCGGUGGGGAGCGGUAGAGAGGAGGAAGCAGACCUUAGUGAACUGCACUAUGUCCAGGCCCUCGGAACUGACGAAGAGGGGGAGGAGUCUGUAGCAGCAGUAGGAGGAGCAUCAGUGUUCACCUUUCAGACGGUUAAACGCUCCAAUAGGAUGUCCCAGAAGGCGACUGAGCUGGCUCGUACCCCAACGAGGAGUGUGACCUUCAGAACGACCCCUGACCCUUCUGGCCCCGCCCACAAUGGCUGCAAGCAUUCGAGUGAGACUCCUCAGAAGGGCAGGAAGGGGCAGUUUGUUUCCACAACGCCCCACAGACUCAGAAAGAGACUCUCAGCUCCCAGCCUGAGGUCUGACAGCGACAGCGAGCUCUCUCCCUCUGACUCUGGAGAGGAUGAUGAUGAUGAAGAUGGGAAGGGAGAGGAGGAGCAUGUGAAGGGAGAGGAGGAGGAGUCAGAGUCCAGCACACUCAGUAAGCUUCCAGCCACAGCUCUCUAUAAGACGCCUGCCAAGAAGAGCAAGACCGCCCCAGAACCACCCAGCCAGCCCAGUCUGGUAGAGGAAUACUUUGAGGCUCACGGCAGUUCUAAAGUCCUGACAUCAGACCGAACCCUGCAGCGCCUACACACACCGAAACUUGACCGGGAGACAUUGUUCCGUCUGUUAGAAGGGAAACAGUCAUGUUAUUCUUCGGAGAUUGAGAAGCUCCACUCCAGUCACCAUAAACACUUUAACAAGUGGAUGCUGCAGCUACAGCUGGGCUACAGUGUGUUGCUGUACGGGCUGGGCAGUAAGAAGGCUUUACUAGAGGAGUUCAGAGUGGCCCUGCUCUGUCAGGAGAUGCACCUGGUUAUCAACGGAUUCUUCCCUUCCAUCACUCUCAAAUCAAUCCUGACUGCUCUGUCUGCAGAGCUUCUAGAACACCAAGGAACGUUCCGGAACCCUGCUGACCAACUACAGUACAUCACCACCACCCUCAGAGAACAGCCGGACCUCCAUGUGUACCUGUUGAUCCACAACAUUGACGGUCCCAUGCUCCGCGGAGAGAGGACCCAGAAUGCACUGGGCCAACUGGCCUCACUACCCAACCUGCACCUUGUCGCCUCCAUCGACCACAUCAACGCACCGCUCGUGUGGGACCAGUGUAAGCUGAGUCAGUUUAACUGGUUGUGGUGGGAGUGUGUGUGUUUCCAGCACUAUGUGGAGGAGACGUCCUAUGAGAACUCUCUCCUGGUUCAACAGACUGGAGCCCUCGCCCUCUCCUCCCUCACACACGUCCUACGCAGCCUUACGGCUAACGCCAGGGGCAUCUUUAAACUGCUGGUGGAGUUCCAACUGGAGAACAAAGACAACUCUUCAUACACAGGCUUGUCGUUCCAGGACUUCUACCAGCGUUGUCGGGAAGCCUUCCUGGUGAACUCUGACCUCACCCUGCGGACCCAGCUCACAGAGUUCAGAGACCACAAACUCAUCCGCACACGGAAGGGUGCUGAUGGGGUUGAGUACCUGUUGGUUGCUGUGGAGACCAGCACGCUGACUGACUUCCUGGAGAAAGAGGAAGUAGAGUGAGGAGAGGGGAGGAGCAGCCAGCAUGUUCCAUCUUUGUCACUUCCAUUGAAACGAAGAGUACUGGGCCUCCGAGGGUUAGAGAACUGGGAGUCGUAUUUUCUUUUAGAUCAUAAUGAUUAAGAUUACAGGGACGACCUGAUCCUAGCUCAGCACAUGGCCCUGAUCACAUUGGUGUUAGCUAAUUACCCGAGGGACAACACUGCCUGUAGCUAGCUUCAUCUGCUCUCUUUAGGCCAAAGUAAAUUCCCACAAUGUUGCUUUGACCUGGCCUUUUCAGUGCGGCGGAUGGACACGUUCCCUGUGUGUGUUUGUGAUGACUGUUGCUUAGUCUUGUCAUUGACCACCUCUUUGAAAAGCUGUAGCUCUGUUGUUUACUGAACCUACAAACACACUGUUGUCCAUGUCUAAACUGUUGUAUGAAUUGUCAACUCUUCACAUUCAGUAAAAAAUAUUUGUGCA